AACACAGUUACCCAAACUUUUGCUCAAACAGCAUCAAAUUAGUCAAGAAAUCAUAUAACCCACGCUGUUUGCACCAAUUCAUUGCAAAAAUGGAGAAUUGAACAUCUCACCAUACAAAAAUCCAGCUCACUACUUUCAAUCUAGUACUUCACUGAUUGCCUCCUAUUCCAUUUAAAUAAAACAUAGGAGAGAUGUAGUAGGCUACAAAUGACAUGUUGAUAUCUAAGUAGACUAAGGAUAAUAGAGAGUUAUCCUGUCACUUCUAUCUUACCACCGAAGCAAGAAGACGUGCAUCAUUUAGCACUCCUACAGUCACCAACCAUAUGAUCGGUGCAAACUCAGUAUGCGUUGAGCGCUCAACGCGGACGGACGCACGGCCGUCCAACUGCGCUAGAGAGAACGUAACUCAUGUAUGACAAUGAUUUUAUUGCCCUUUUCCGGCUAUACCAGUCGGCUAGUAUGUCUGAAAUAGACGUAAAAACUUGAAGUAUUUUAGGCAAAGUACGUUUAAUUGGCAAAUUGAGAGAUAAAUUUGUGAAAAAAUUACCACUUGUUUUGGUGGGAUUCGAACCCACGACUCCGUUAUCGCUAGUCCGGCGCUUUAACCAACUAAGCUACAGAACAAGUUACAACUCUGCAGAAUAGAAAGUCAAACUGGAUUCGAAGCGCCACCCUAAACCGGGUCCGUCUUUCACAACUUUAUCUCUUCGAAUCCCACCAAAACAAGUGGUAAUUUUUUCACAAAUUUAUCUCUCAAUUUGCCAAUUGAAAGUACUUUGCCUAAAAUACUUCAAGUUUUUACGUCCGAUUGAAAACUUAUUGUUUUAGAAUCGAUUUCAGAACGCAGACAGUAGUUUUAAUAUUCAAUAUACUCAAGACAAAACUUAUGAUACAAAAUUUUGAGACGAAUUGAGGAGAAACCGAAACUCUAGAAAUAAUUCUUCUAGAAAUGGAUUCUCCAAGGAAGUAUUUAUAAAUUAAAAAGUGGCUAGCAAUAAUAUUCUUAUUGCUAGCCACUUUCUAAUUUCCAAAGACUUCGCGACCCACCAAAAAUCAGUCCGUGACCCACCAGUGGGUCGCGACCCAUAGUUUGAGAAACGCUGCUCUACUAUCUAUUGCAUCUUGCAUUGCUUUAUAGAUUACCGUGCAAAUGUUCAAUCGUCUAAAAUAUUUGUUCACACGUCAAACACCAAGGAAAGUAGCAAGUAAACAAACCGAUUAUUCCAUGCACCACCCAAAAAGUGUAACCGACGCUUAAAAUUUCUAGCAGCGGAACGAACCAAUGUAUGCUUAAACUGGUGGGAACAUAUUGUGGUGUGACAAAAAAUGUCUGCAGGGGGUCGAAUACGGUGCAAAAAAAGCAAUAUAAUGACCAUUUUUUCCGAACUGGCUCAUCAUGCAACUCAAAUGAGUUGCAUAAUGAAAAAUAGUUGUAUAAUGUUCAUAAUGAAACUCAUUUGAGUUGCAUUAUGAACAUUAUGCAACUCAAAUGGGUUGCAUUAUGAAAAAAAUCAUUGCUCAAAAUUUUGUAUGGAACUCGUUUCAAAACUCGAUUUUUUCAACACUCUUCGUAUUUAUCCAACUCGGCAAGCAUCGUUGGAUAAAUGUACGACUCGUGCUGAAAAAAUCAACUUUUUGCAACUCGUUACAUAAAUAACUAUUAUAAUUGUUUUCAAUAAUAAACUCUACAGUUUUUCGAUAGUUUGACGUUUACUGGGGUAUUAAUACACGAUCAUAAAACUAGUUAAAAUAAUCAGUUCGAACAAUAGAGUUUAAAAAAACUGUAGAGAACGACUGUUCUAUAGAAUUAAUUUUUACUGCGAUACACUGCUGGAGAUGCCUCAACAGCGACAGAAACGUGUUUGUUUACAUUAGGGCUCAAUUGAGAAUGGCAAAUGUUCCAGAAAUAAAAAUUUUGGCACUGCGCGAAACAUGAAUGUCAGUCACUUCUUCCACACCUUUCUAAUAUACUCUCAUUGGCGCAGUGGUGCACUGUUUUAUAUCAGAUUCAACGUGUGACAGACGUAAACGAAAAUCACAUCAGUGUUCUUAUUCUAAAGCAUUUUCCAGAACGUAAGAAAGUGUGCAGCGUAAAAAGUUUCAAGUAAACCAAAAUAAAUACACAGCCCAAGGGAAAAUCUCUAUAAGCUAAGACCUUUCGAACUAAGUCAGCUGAAUACGUGCAAUAAGUGUAGAUCGACAACCAAGUCGACAACAUAAACGUUGUAAGAUGUCCAACCUUCAGAAGCGACCACCGGCUUCAACCAGCAUGGCAAAGUGCCAACAACCUCCGCAAGAGGAGCAGAGCGCCGAUUCUGUUUGUCGUGUCUGUAUGGGCAGGGCAUCCGAUGCUGGCCAGAUGGUUGGAUUGUUCGAUGGACAGAUACAGGGAACGAUCCUCGCCGAAGUGUUGACCCUGGUUGGAUCAGUGGAACUGGCGACGAAAGACGAUCGACUGCCCAAGUGGUGUUGCGAGAGGUGUCUGAAGGCCUUGGAGAGUGCCUACAAACUAAGAAUGUUGUGCCAGGACUCGGACCGGAAACUACGGGAUGCAUUGUCAACGGCUGAGGAAACCGUUGUGGUGAAACAGGAAUUCGAUGAAGAUUCUAGGGUUGGAGAUGGGAUGCUGGAUGUUGAGGAAGCUGUUCUCUCGGAAAGUAUACAAUUGCCCAAGUUAGAGAUUAUGGACUGUUUAGAGGAAGAUGAGAUAACGGAUGACGGUGAUGGAGAAGACGAUAUGGUAGAAGCUGACGGCGGCGUAGACUCGGAUGUCGAUGAGGCAGAGCAAGAUAAGGAUGAAAAGACGUCGGAAAAAGUAAAUAGGCCUACCCAUGGAAGGAAGCCCUUGAAUCCGGAUGUAUUCGACGAGGUAGAAGCCGUAGGUUUCAAAUGUUGUGGUUGUAAAGUCACGUUCAACACUUUGAACGAACUUCAGGCUCAUUCAAAGGAAGCUCACGCCGACAAAAAACUGGCAAUACAGGAAUUGCAACGCAAGAAGCAGUGUGAUAUCUGUUACAAGGUGUUGUAUAAUGACCUUUCUGUACGUAAUCACCAAUAUAAAAACAAACUGAACUUUCGAUGCAAGGUUUGUGGAGAAUUGUUUUGGAGUCGAAAGAGGGUGUGCCUUCAUUAUGAUCGGGUACACGGCCCGAACCCAGUGAUCAAGGGUCCUUCGAAAGUUUGCUGUGGGUGUCUGGAGAAAUUUGAAACUGAAGAACAGCUUAGGGCGCAUAGUUUAGCGGUACAUCUGCCAGAAAAACCUCCGCCAGAUCCUACCCGUCCAUACACUUGCAAAGUUUGCUAUCGCUGUUACAAAUCCGACGGGCUGCUGUACACCCAUCAGUCCCGAAUGCUCAGGGACACCAAGAAGCACGUGUGUGCCCAAUGUGGAUUGACGUUCCGAUAUCCCGGAGAGUUGGAACACCAUAAAGUGGCACACACUGGCGAAAAGAAGUUCCAGUGUACAAAUUGUCCCAAAGCAUACAGCAAUUGGGAUAGCUUCCGAAGGCAUGUCAACAAUCACAAAGUGCCAGCGGAUAAGUACAAAUGCAAGAUUUGCGGAGAUAUAUUCAAAACACGCAAUGGAUUGAAAAGGCACACGCUACAUCAUACCGGAGAGCGUCCGCACAAGUGCCCUCACUGUCCAGCCACUUUCACUGUGCCUUCUGGGUUAAGAUGCCAUUUGUUGACGCACACCGAUGAAGAAAAACUACAAUGUCCAAUUUGCAGGAAACCGUUCAAGCGGAAUGCGGCACUCAAGCAGCACAUCCAAUAUAUUCAUCACAAGCAAAAGUCCCUACGCCUGCUUCUUCUGCCCCAAUCGAUACCAGCGGAAACACCAGCGCAAACAACACAUGCUUCAAGUCCAUCCCAAGGAACUACAAAGCAAUCCACUUCCUUCGAUCGAGCUACUCGGUAACCCGUGGUCGUUGCGACAAAGGACCGAAGAAGAUUUUUUACGAGAACUGGGCAUGGUAGAAUGAAGCUGUGGAAUGAAUAAUUAUUCAUAUUUAUCUUUUAUUGGACGAACGUUUUAAAAAUAAAGCUUUCAUGCAUCAUUACUUCGUUGGUUUUUCAUUGCUAUAACUUUCUCAAUGCGUACUUUAUGUUAUCUUGGAGAACAAAAGUACUCACGGCUAUUUCAAUGUGGAAAGGAAGGAUAUACGGGACUUAUUCUAAAUUACUUAAAUAACUUAAUAAUUGUUUUCAAUGAUAUACUCUACAGCUUUUUGAUAGUUUGAAGUUUACUGGGGUAAAUACAUGAUCAGAGUUUAAAAAAAACUGUAGAGGACGACUGUUCUAUAGAAUUAAUUUUUACUGCGAUACACUGCUGGAGAUGCCUCAACAGCGACAGAAACGUGUUUGUUUACAUUAGGGCUCAAUUGAGAAUGACAAAUGUUCCAGAACUAAAAAAGCAUUUUUUCCAAAAAUGAUCCACAAGUCGCAGAAAAUAAGAAUGACCGAUUGUUUAUUAUGACAAUCGGACACGCUGGUUUUGUUCGCUUUUUUGUCAUUCUGGAGAAAAGUGAUUUUUCAGUUCUUGAUAAUAUGCGAUUUUCAUUUGAGCCUUCAUGAAAUCCUUUUGACAUGUUGAACCAGAGAUAGAGUCGAAAAAAAGCUGUAGUUUACUGAAUAUUUUGGGCACUGCGCGAAACAUGAAUGUCAGUCACUUCUUACACACCUUUCUAAUAUACUCUCAUUGGUGCAAUGGUGCACUGUUUUACAUCAGAUUAAACGUGUGACAGACGUAAACGAAAAUCACAUCAGUGUUGUUAUUAUAAACUAAAGCAUUUUCCAGAACGUAAGUGUUCGGCGUAAAAAGUUUCAAGUAAACCAAAAUAAAUACACAGCCCAAGGGGAAUCUCUAUAAGCUAAGACCUUUCAAAUCAGCUGAAUACGUGCAAUAAGUGUAGAUCGACAACCAAGUCGACAACAUAAACGUUGUAAGUGCAGAUGUCCAACCUUCAGAAGCGACCACCGGCUUCAACCAGCAUGGCAAAGUGCCAACAACCUCCGCAAGAGGAGCAGAGCGCCGAUUCUGUUUGUCGUGUCUGUAUGGGCAGGGCGUCCGAUGCCGGCCUGAUGGUUGGAUUGUUCGAUGAACAGAUACAGGGAACGAUCCUCGCCGAAGUGUUGACCCUGGUUGGAGCAGUGGAACUGGCGACGAAAGACGAUCGACUGCCCAAGUGGUGUUGCGAGGGGUGUCUGAAGGCCUUGGAGAGUGCCUACAAACUAAGAAUGUUGUGCCAGGAUUCGGACCGGAAACUACGGGAUGCAUUGUCAACGGCUGAGGAAACCGUUGUGGUGAAACAGGAAGUCGAUGAAGAUUCUAGGGUUGGGGAUGCGAUGCUGGAUGUUGAGGAAGCUGUUCUCUCGGAAAGUAUACAAUUGCCCAAGUUAGAGAUUAUGGACUGUUUAGAGGAAGAUGAGAUAACGGAUGACGGUGAUGGAGAAGACGAUAUGGUAGAAGCUGAUGGCGGAGUAGACUCGGAUGUCGAUGAGGCAGUGCAAGAUAAGGAUGAGAAGACGUCGAAAAAAGUAAAUAGGCCUACCUAUGGAAGGAAGCCCUUGAAUCCGGAUGUAUUCGACGAAGUAGAAGCCGUAGGUUUCAAAUGUUGUGGUUGUCAAGUCACGUUCAACACUUUGAACGAACUUCAGGCUCAUUCAAAAGAAGCCCACGCCCACAAGAAACUGUCCAAUCAGGAGUUGCAACGUAAGAAGCAGUGUGAUAUCUGUUACAAGGUGUUGUCCAAUGACCUAUCUGUAUGGACCCACCAACAAAAAGACAAACUGAACUUCCGAUGCAAGGUUUGUGGGGAAUUGUUUUGGAGUCGACAUAGGGUGUGCCUUCAUUAUGAUCGGCUUCACGGCUCGAAUCCAGUGAUCAAGGGUCCUUCGAAAGUGUGCUGUGCAUGUCUGGAGAAAUUUGAAACUGAAGAACAGCUUAGGGCGCAUAGUUUGGCGGUACAUCUGCCAGAAAAACCUGCGCCAGAUCCUACCCGUCCAUACACCUGCAACGUUUGCUAUCGCUGUUACAAAUCCGACGGGCUGCUGUACACCCAUCAGUCUCGAAUGCUCAGGGAUGCCAAAAAAUAUGUGUGCGAUCAGUGUGGAAAGGCGUUUCGAUAUCCCGGAGGGUUGAAAUAUCAUAAAAUAGCACAUACUGGCGAAAAGGUGUUCCAGUGUACAAAAUGUCCCAAAGCUUACAGCAAUAGGGACACCUUCCGGCAACAUGUAAGCGGCCACAACAUGCCAGCGGAUAAGUACAAAUGCAAGAUUUGCGGAGCUAUAUUCAAAACACGCCAUGGAUUUAAACAGCACACGCUACAGCAUACCUGGGAGCGACCGUACAAGUGUCCUCACUGUCCAGCCACUUUCGCUGUACUUUCUGAGCUAAAUGGCCAUUUGUUUACGCACACCGAUAAAAAGACUCUAGAAUGCCCAAUUUGCAGCAAGCAGUUCAAGCGGUCUGAGGAAGUCAGGAAACACCUCAAAAAUAUUCAUCACAAGCAAAAACCCUUCGCCUGCUUCUUCUGUCCCAAAGAAUACGCACGGAAAGACAGUCGCAAACAACACAUACUCCAGGUUCAUCCCAAGGAACUACAAAGUAAUCCGCUUCCUCCAAUCGAGCUAAUUGGUAACUCGUGGUCGUUGCGACUAAGGUCGGAAGAAGCCGUUCUACGACAGCAGGGCAUGAUAGAAUAAAGCUGUGGAAGGGUUAACUAUGUAUCAAUCAUUAAUCAGACGAACGAAUCUCUAUACGUUGAUGUAUCAGUAAUCUGUCAAUGAUAAAUAAUAAAUAUAUAUAUAUAUUUUUU